AAUACACACACUAAUACACACCAACACUGCAACCCACGUUACUGUUGCACCAGUCAGCGCUGCAGCCAUUAGCACCACUGUGACCAUCACAGCAACACUGUUUACAGCAGGCCUGCUGUUUGUGGUGGAAAUUACUCAAGUACUGUACUUAAGUAUCAUUUUGAUGUAGUUUAUUUGAGUAUUUUUCCAUUUUAUACUACUUUUUUUUUUUACUCCACUACAAUUCAGAGGAGAGAAUUUAUUGCCAACAUUUAGUCUGAUACAUUUAUUUGACAGCAGUAGUCAUUGGUUACUGCAGGUUAAAGGAACAGUCAGCAAAGGUCAAACAAACUAUCAAAAUAUCAAACUAUAAGAGUCUACACACAAACAUGUUACUUGUUACUUUUACUUUUGAUUUAUGUACAUUGUGCUGAUGAUACUUUAUUGAAGUGAGUAUAUUUAUAGCACAGUUAUUAUAUAUAAUUGCACGUUAACAGUGAGUGAUGUCUGAUAUUACUAAUGCUGAUACACCUAAUAAUUAUCAACAUAUGGCUAUAGUAGCGGCUAUGUCUGUGCGUGCUUGUGCGUAAAGUGUGUGCGUAUUGCGGGAUGGGAGGGAGUUUUCGGGUCAACAUGGAGGGCUGGUCUCUUUACAAUCAGAGAGAGAGAGCGGGAUUACAUCACCGCCCUGCUGGAUAUUUGGGUGCAGUCAGAGGCGCCUUCAGUUUGGCUGCAGGAGGACCAGAGGCAGCAGCAGCAGCAGCAGCAGCAGCAGCAGCCGGUGCGCCAACAUGUGGACUGAGAGCAGCGACCUGCGGGCCGCUGAGCCGUCUCACCGGGACCUGCUGACCGGGAAAGCUCAGGGCUGAGUCCGUUUUCUUCUCCAGCAGGGACCCGGGUCAUGGACUGUGAAGUGAGGCGGGGAAAUCCCUCUGUUGCUACCUCUCUGUGCUCCGCUGACCCGCCAGCAGCUGUCUGAAAGUUGCUGAGAAGUUUUGGAGCGUGUCGCGCCGCGGUUACUCCCCCCGGUGCGAGCGGUGCGUCUGCUGCGCGCUCUCGGCUCAGACUUGGAUAUCUUCCCUGCAGCCAGACACUCAGAGGGAAACCCGGCGCCUUUCUGUUCUUUCGGGAGGAUUAUCCCUGAAUAUUCUGACUGUCUCUGGAAACUGUACAGAGGAGAUGGAUAAAUCCUGUUAUUUGAUGGCUGUGUUUAUGCUCGUGUUUUCUCUGGGCUUCAGGAUAGAGGAGGGCAUGUGCCAACACUACUAUCUCCUCCGUCCCAUCCCCAGUGACACUCUGCCCAUAGUGGAGCUAAAGGAGGAUCCGGAUCCAGUGCUGGACCCGAAAGAGAAGGACCUGAACGAGACGGAGCUCAGGAGCACUCUGGGCAGCCACUUCGACCCGCACUUCAUGUCCGUGUCCCCGCCGGAGGACAAAUACGCGGGGAACGAGGAUGUGAGCGACGCGGACCUGCGGCAGAAGCUCUCCGGAGCGAUGCCCAAAGAGAUCCGGGCCAUGGAGUUCGAGGUCCAGCAUGGCAAGAAGCAGAAGCCGAGUAAAAAACUCCGGAGAAGGCUGCAACUGUGGCUGUGGUCUUACGCCUUCUGCCCGGUUGUUUACGCAUGGAACGACCUGGGCAGCAGAUUCUGGCCGCGCUACGUGAAGGUGGGGAGCUGCUACAAUAAGCGGUCUUGUUCAGUCCCUGAAGGGAUGGUCUGCAAACCUGCCAAAUCGACUCAUUUUACGAUCCUGCGAUGGCGCUGCCUGCAGAAAAAGGGGGGUCUGAAAUGCGCCUGGAUACCUGUUCAGUACCCCAUUAUAUCAGAGUGCAAAUGCUCCUGCCCGAACUGAACAUGACUCUCUGUUGCUGCAAUUAUUGGACGAGUCAUUAAAAUCAAAGUUUCAUGAUUAUUUUUAUACACAUGCUGCAAAACUUACCGAUCUGUACAAGCCAUUUAAACCUGUAAUGAGUCUUAAAAACUUGUUUUCCUGCAACAAAGUGAAGAAAUGUACCACUGAUUAUAUAUAUAAAAAAAACUUUAUUCCAAAAUCAAAUCAGCUUUUUGAAUCUUCUUCUGCCUGAUGUUUCAACAUGUUGUCUAUAAAAGAUUCAUAUUUAAAAAUCAGCUUAAGAAAAUACGAUUUUAAGACUGAAUAUAACUUAGAUGACUUGUUAAAAAUUGACAUUUUUUGCAGUGCACUGUCCAGUGUCAGAAUGUAUAUUUGAUGUACAUGUUUUUAUUUUAUUUUAUGACAGAACUUUGUAUAAAAAGGUCAGUAUUAUUAAUAUAAUCAAAUCUACUGUAUUUGUUAAACGUAUCUUGAUUGUAUCUGUUUAUAUUUAUAAUUGAGAGCAUCAAAAUCUUCAUAUGAAGGAGUUUUUGAAGCUGUUUUCUGUCAACGGAAAUGAAUUUAUGGACCUCUGUGGGGAAAAUAUGAAGAUUUCUGCUCCAACUGUUCAAAUGUUUGACUCCAAAUUUCUGACAGAGACAAAAAUCAUGAAUACAGACUGAAUAUAUUUUUAUUCAGCGCUCACUUUUUAACAACAUGUCAGUUUGAAUCAGAACUCUGCUGUCAAAUAAAAAAAAAAAAGGAGAGUUGGUUUAUAAAUAAUGUGACUCAGACUCUGUGUUGGUUUGUUUCUUGUCCUGUCUGGUGUGUUGAAGUGAAACCAAACGGACGACCGUGAGGACGUUUGGUUCCAGGUGUGGUUUCACCUGCCGGCCUCACAGGAAGUGUGCGACAAAAGAAAAGUGUAGCUUUUUGUUCCGAGACAAAUGUCUGAAAUUCAACCCUUCACCUGUAGACGACUUUUCUUUUCUACUCAAUCAAAUCACAACCAGAUAACUGCUUAAAAACUGCAAAAAACAACCCAUAAAGACUAAUGAGAAGAACAGAAUUUGUACUAAUUCUGUACCUCAGUUUUUUAAUUUAUGGGAGACUUUUUACUUUUUCUCGUCUACAUUUCAAAAAUAAAUAUUGUUCUUUUUACUCGACUACAUUUACCUCACGUCUGGUGUCUCUGGUGACUUUACAGAUUCAUGUUCUACAUUCAAUGUGAAAUUAGAUCAUAAAAUAUCAACUUUAUCGUGCCUGAGGGGAAA